UGCUAAGAAAAUUGGUAUUUUAUUGCAGAAAUCUGUCGAGCUGAGAGAAGGUCUGAAAAAUGGCACACUUUCUCUGAGAGACCUCGAUAACAAGCAGAAGAGAAGAUCCUCAAAAGGCAGAAGGAGGCGAAGCAAGACAAAGACUGGAAGAACUGAAAAGGCAGUUGACGGUGAUACAACUAAUGCAAAAGCUAUGGAAGAUCCAAGAAACACCACGAAGGCGUCAAAGAUAACAAAAUCUUCAAAGACCAAAACAGUUCCGAAAGGAAGAGAUGUUCAUCUUGAAAUGAACACCCAACACAAAGAAUCUGAAGAGAUUGUGCGCAGCAUCCUUGAUGACGUCUUUGACACUGUUACCAGGCAAUGUAUUGCGAUUGAGCACAGCGUUGCAAAUGAACAGGCACAUGCAUUGGCCGAUGCCUAUAUGGCAGCUUUUGACGAAAGGGUGGUAUUUACUCGGAAGUUCUACAUGGACCAGAGAAGAAAAACGCAGGAGUUGUUAUACAGAGCAGCACAGGAAAAUGUGAAGGACUUGAUAAUCAGAGCAACAGCACAAUGUAAUCCAAGUCGAGACAAAGAACAACUUCAUGCUGUGUAUCCCGUAGAAUUACUGCCAUCUACAGAUUUUGAUGCAAGAAUGAGAGCGCAAAUGGAACAAAUAAACGCCGAGAAAUUGGCAAUGCAACAGAUUAUGCACAAACCGGCCUCGGAAAUUGUUGAGGAUUUGUUCUCUUGCGCAGCCGAUAAUGGUACAAAAUGUGCUUAA